UUGAAAAGAGCUAUUCCCUUUUUUUUUUUUUUUUAAUUUUCUGACGCCAUCCAACCGACUCUUCAGGAAAUAAAAGGAGGAUGGUGUGGUGAUGAUACCAGAAAAGAAGGGUCUUGAACCCAUCUGCGCAGCGCCGGCGGCUAAGCAAACAGAAGCUCCUCUUCAGUCUUCAGUCUUCCCCGAUUGAAUCGAAACUUGCGGAGGAUGGAUUCCCAUCAUCCGACGCUCCGAAAAAUCUCCGAGUGCUUUGUCAAACCACAACGUCUUCCCCAAGAAUCAAAGCAGCCCUAUUAUCUCGGCCCCUGCGAUUUCAUCAUGCUUUCCGUCCACUAUAUCCAAAAAGGCCUUCUCUUUCACAAACCUUCUGAAUCCGCGGCCUAUGACCACGGACACCCUUUUAUGGUCAAUCUUCUCCGCCGCCUCAAAGACUCCCUCUCCGCUGCUCUGUUUCACUUCUACCCACUCACCGGCCGCCUUGCUACGGUCAACAACCAGGAUCAAGCUUCCAUUUUGAUCUAUGUGGACUGCGUCAACAGCCCCGGAGCAAAGUUCAUCCACGCCGCAAUCGACAUCACAAUUUCUGACGUUCUGUCCCCAGUUGAUGUGCCUCCAGUGGUCCACUCUUUCUUCGACAAUCACAGAGCUGUCAACCACGAUGGACAUACUCUGCCUUUGCUAUCCAUUCAGGUAACCGAAUUGUUGGACGGCGUCUUCGUUGGCUGCUCCUUUAACCACGUUAUGGGUGACGGAACCUCCUUCUGGAAUUUCUUCAACAUGUGGUCUGAAAUCUUUCAAGCACCGUCCGAAUCGGAUGAUGGUAAUGUUUCAAUUUCACGGCCACCCAUUCUGAACCGGUGGUUUCCCGAUGGGGUUGGCCCAAUUAUCAAUCUCCCCUUCACCCACCUCGAUCAAUUCGUCAGCAGAUUCGAGACCCCCCUGCUGAGGGAGAGAAUUUUCCACUUCUCAGCAGAAUCAAUCGCUAAAUUGAAAGCGAAAGCCAACGCAGAGUGCAACACCGGAGAAAUCUCCUCCUUCCAGUCCUUGUCGGCGCUUGUGUGGCGAUCCAUAACACGAGCCCGUCGCGCGCCGGAGGAUCAAAGCACCAAUUGCAACAUGGCGGCUAACAACAGAGCAAGGUUAGAACCAGCCUUAUCCUCGAACUACUUCGGAAACGUAGUAUCGGGACUGAGAGCGGAAGCAAAAGCAGGGGAAUUGCUUGAAGCAGGGCUGGGUUGGGCGGCGUGGAAAUUGCACGAAGCAGUGAUCAACAACACGAACGAGAAGUUAAGAGAGGAACUAGACAAGUGGUUGGAAUCUCCCUUUACUUUUCAAUUGAGUCGAUUUUUUGAUCCGUACAGCAUCAUGCUGGGGAGCUCCCCGAGGUUCAAUAAAUAUGGGAAUGAGUUUGGAAUGGGAAAAGCGGUGGCGCUGCGGAGUGGAUAUGCGAACAAAUUCGACGGCAAGGUUUCUUCGUAUCCAGGCCGCGAGGGCGGAGGAAGCGUAGAUUUAGAAAUCUGUCUACUCCCACAAAAUAUGGCCUUUCUCGAAUCCGAUUUGGAGUUCAUGGAUGCUGUUUCUUCCUAGUUCCUCGCCCAACUUGCAAUAUCAAUCAUGAUUCUCCAUCUACACAAAUAAAUAACCAACAAGUUAUGUAAUUUUCAACACCAGGAUUUGAUUUCGAACCUAAUCGUGCAUUUUGUUUGCUUUAAUAAAGAAUGAUAGACAGCAGUUGGGUGGUAUUGACUCA